CAGACGCUCAGUCAUGUACACGUCCUGCUGCAUGUCGAGGGUGCCGUUAAAGCAGGGCACCCUCCUCCUCAACAAUUAAAGAGGAGGGUUAUCCAACUUUAAUAAUUUAUCAAGUGCAAUAAUUAAACGUAUAAUAAGGUUAAUAUGUAAUUAAUAAAUUAAUAUAGUAUAUUUAAUAUAUUUUUUUACUACUAUCGUGAGUGUGGAAUGUAAAUAAAGCGAAAAAAACUGCAUCGUAUGCAGAUUUGACAAAAGAAGUCGUGGGUGGAGUCACAUGUGCAUUAGUAACCAAUCCGUACGUUUUAGACAAGGGAAAUAUUAGAAGAAUAAUGGAGAAUUUUGAGGCACAUUAUGCAGACAAUCGGUAGAGAAUUCACGAGAUAAUCUCUUUUCUUUGCUGUGCUAAUGUGUUUCCAAUAGGAAAUUUCCAUAUUGUCCAAUGCAUGGAGUGACGUUUACUGAGAAUUAAUCAGUCCUCUAAUGUAUACGUACACACGUAGCUGAAGCGAAUUUUAUUUCACAAAUUCGAGAUGACGUCGAUAGACGGCUGGGAAUUAAAUCGCGUUUUGGGGAGUGGAGGCUUUGGAACUAUUGAACUUUGGAUACAUGAGCAAACUAGCAAAAAAAUUGCAAUAAAAAAGUGUAAAUGGAAUUAUUCGGAAUUGACACCAGUACAACAAAAAAGAUGGGCCAACGAAGUUGAAAUAAUGAAGCACUUGAAACAUCCAAACAUUGUGAAAACAGGAUGUGUACCAUUUCAAUUACCAAAUAUAGAAAAAAACCAGCCAAUUUUGUGUAUGGAAUAUUGCAGAAAAGGAGAUUUGAGAAAAAUUUUAAAUCAACCAGAAAACUGUUGUGGAAUUAGCGAAACUGAAGCAAUAAAAGUAAUGAGUGAGAUUUCGUCAGCUGUAGAAUAUUUACAUUCAUAUAACAUAACCCAUCGAGAUUUAAAGCCAGAGAACAUAGUUUUACAAGAUGAAGGAAAUGUGACUUCCUAUAAGUUGAUAGAUCUAGGAUAUGCCAAAGAACUUGGGGAAGCGAGUGUGUCUGCUUCUUUAGUGGGCACCCUAAAUUAUGUUGCUCCGGAACUUCUUUGGAGAGAGAAAUAUAGUUGCUCUGUUGAUUACUGGAGCUUAGGAAUAUUAUUUUAUGAACUUGUAACUGGAAUAAGACCAUUUUUACCCACAAUGCAACAUACUAUGGAAUGUUGCCUCCGAAACAAAAUGGUCCACUGGUUCAGAUUAGUUUUACAAUGGGAUCUACAUAAAAGAGGUAAAAUACUCGACGAAUCUGGUAGAUCUCAUUUAGCAGUAUUUACAAUGUUACAACAAGUGUUAUCAAACAAAAUACUAUAUGUUUUUUGUCUGCCAUUUUAUAAAAUUAAUAUGUACGAAAUUGAUGCUAGUACUACUCUCAAAGAUCUUCGAUUGUUAAUAGAAAGAGAUACUAAUAUUGAAGUUAAGCAUCAAGUAUUAACUGAUUACAACGGUGCAAUAUUAAUUGAAAGUACUAUGUCACUUGCGUCACAAAUCAAUGAUCACGUUUUGUUCCUGUUCAGAAACGGACGUUGUUUGAUAGAAGAUGUACCGACAUUAAAUAUUCCCACAGCAGUGGAAAAAAUGAUGAUACAAUCAAAACAUCAAUUGAAUUAUGAAGUAGUGAAAGACUAUUAUCGCCAUACAAUAUAUUUUGCAAAAAAAGAAAUAUAUUUAUUUCAACUGUACAUUUUUGCGUUUAGCAUAAGUGUAGAUUUAUUAAAUCAAAAAAUCGAUAUGUUUAAUACAAACAUGGAAAAAACAGUGGAGAAUAUAAAGAUGCUUACAGAUCAAGUGCACAUGAUUUACAUAAAAUAUACGAAUACAACGGAUGAAGACGAGGCUAAAAAGAAAGUACAAAUUUAUUUUGACAAAGUUAAUAAAUUAGUUAGUGCAGCAGAUCAAAUAAAAAUGAAGUUUAUGUCUCUGAAGAUGGAUAAUAACAUACUCAAAGAGCAAGCUAUAGUUAUCGAUUAUACAGGGAAUUUAUCAAAACUGUACAAUAAGAUGUGCGAUAUAUAUCUAAAAUUUAAGACAGAAAGUCCACAUAGAACAGCAAAACCAUUGGACAUGUCGAAAUUAGUGUUUGCAUUUAUGAAUGAGCGUGAAACGCAACUUCGUAAUGAAAAUAUAACUGAUAUUACAAGGCAAUUAGAUCAAUUGCAAGACAAAUUUUUAAAACUAGAAAAAGUAUUUUUUUCUGUUACUACCAUGACGAAGUUAUAUCGGGAAGAAUAUCAAAGAAUUGCACAAUCGGACAUUGACAGUGUUCCUCAGCAAGCUAACAAUUGUCAAUCUUUGAAUAUCUCCACCAGUGAAUUAGACAGUAUUAUCCAAUCAGAAGAUAAUGUAAUAUAUGAUAAUUUGCUCAUGCGCUACAGAUUGGAUAAUUUGAUAGCUCAAAUAGAGAAAAAAUAUGUUGAAGUAAUUAAAUUGGACCCGUGAUUACAGAUAUUAUUCAUAUCUAAUCCAUAUGAUAUAUGUUAUCAAGCAGUCUAGUAUACUAAAGCAUACUCUCUAUUAAUUUUAAUUCCCAUAUUUUAAUACAUUCAAUUUUUGAAGCCUACUCGUCUUAAUAUACGGGGAACAUAAUGUCUUACACCCCACUUAAUGUUGGCAUGUUUAUCAGUCUUAACGAACGCGUAGACAGGUUUGGUCAAUACUGGCUCCAAUUUUGCUUGAUAUUUAUUGUUCUGACCUGUUCAGAAAAUUAAAAUAUUUUUAUAACUUUAACUUUUAAAAAAACGGACUGACUUUAUAAACGCACACGCAAUAUAUUCAUUAUAUAAUAUAAUAUAACGUACGUUAAAUGUAUAAAAAUUAUUUUUAUAACCGACACAUUUUAGAUAAACAAGAAUAGUUUUUAUUGAUUAAAAAAUCAAGAAUUUCCGAAUAAUAGAAUUUCCGAGUGUAGAUGGCUGUGAAAAAAAUGUAUGAUGAAUUGAUAAAUUUUAUAAAAAAGCUAAAUAUAAAUGUUAAUUAUUUUAAUACGCGAUAUGAAUCGUUUACAUAUGCAAAAUAAUUUUCUGAAUUAUGUAAUUUGAUUUUGAUAUAUUUUUCUUUACUUACCCUUUUCAAGAGCAACAACCAUAAUAUUUAGGGAAAGGUAGAGUAUGAAAUAGAUUAUAAAUAUCUGAAAUAUAAUUAUGAUAUCUAAUGUAGACAAUGGAUACGGACGGUAUAAAAAAUGUAAAAUGUACUCACUUGCAUUACAUGCAUUGUUCUCAUUGUUAAUAUAUCUAUCUUGUUGUCGAUAUUCUUUUAGACUGUUUCUGUGAUAAGUGAGCGGAUACUUUAAAUUCAUUGUCUUUAAUAAAAAGUGCAACGGUUGAGUGAUCUUUUAUAUACUUUGUUUAUGUGUGCGUAGUUUAAAUAUCUUUCACUACUUUCUCUUAACCCAGAUUUUGAUAUCUAUUACUUUUAUACAUUGCCGUUGUUAAACGUGAAGAAUGUUUUAUCUAAUUCUAACAGAUGCAUAUUUUAAUAGGAUAGAUACAAUAUGUUUGUAGUGAUAUAUUUUAUUAGAAAACUGUAUACAGAUCUCAAUUUAAGGAUUGAACACAUCCAAAUUGAGGAUUGAACAACGAUGUUAAAAUAAAUAUUAUGCUCUUUA